UCGUAUCCUUCACACCUCGAUCAGUAGCUCCAUCGUAAGAUCGAUUCGACCAACAUAUCAACAAUGGCGCUUCGACGCCUCGCGGCACUUCUCUCCUUGGCAGUACUACUGUCCGCCGGCCUCGCCGCCGUGUCGGCGACGUCCCAGAACACCGGCGACACCGUGAUCAUCUGGGGCCGGAACAAGGACGAGGGCUCCCUCAGGGAGGCCUGCGACGCCGGCCGCUAUACCACCGUCAUCAUCUCCUUCCUCAGCGCCUUCGGCUACAUCCCGGGCACCUACAAGCUCGACAUCUCCGGCCACCAGGUCUCCGCCGUCGGCCCCGACAUCAAGUACUGCCAGUCCAAGGGUAAACUCAUCCUCCUCGCCAUCGGCGGCCAGGGCGGCGAGUACUCCCUCCCGUCCUCCCAGGCGGCCGUCGAUCUGCACGACCACCUCUGGUACUCCUACCUCGGCGGCCGCCGCAAUGGCGUCUACCGCCCGUUCGGCGACGCCAACGUGAACGGCAUCGACUUCUUCAUCGACCAGGGCGCGAGGGAGCACUACAACGAGCUGGCCAAGAUGCUCUACGACCACAACAAGGACUACCGCGCCACGGUCGGCGUGAUGGUGACGGCGACGACGCGGUGCGGCUACCCGGACCACCGGCUGGACGAGGCGCUGGCGACGGGGCUCUUCCACCGCAUCCACGUCAAGAUGUUCAGCGACGGCCGGUGCCCGGCAUGGUCCAGGAGGCAGUCGUUCGAGAAGUGGGCAAAGACGUACCCGCAGAGCCGUGUCCUGAUCGGCGUCGUGGCCUCGCCGGACGUGGACAAGGACGCCUACAUGCCGCCGGAGGCCCUCAACAACCUGCUGCAGUUCAUCAACAAGCAGCCCAACUUCGGAGGCGUCAUGGUUUGGGACAGGUUCUACGACAAGAAGACCGGCUUCACGGCUCACCUGUGAGUGUGUGACUGGUCGUGACAUUUGAAGACCAUUAAUUCCUUAAUAUUGGAUCAAUAAAAGCUUUGUGUGCAGUACUUGUGUACUACACAAAUAAAGUCAUGUAAUGAAAAUAAACAUAUAUUGUGUCUGCUAUAAAGAUUUGUAUGUUGGGUAAUGUAUGUAAUCAAUAAAUAAAGCGAGGUACGGUACCUCGGGUGAAAUAAUAAAGAGCUUUGAGAUAAAUAAAACUUCCUUUA